UUUUCCAAUCAUUUUCGAAUUGUUAACUACGUUUAAUGUUUAUUGGGUACCUUGUUCGAAUUCGCCUUGAACACAGCCAUACACAAACGACAAGAGGCAGACGGUGUGGGAUCCGUAUAUAAAUGUGUAUUUUAUUGAUUAGAAAACUAGAACAUGAUAAAUAAAUUAGAGUUCAAUAACUUGGUAAUCACCAAUAAGAAAAAAAUACAAAAGAUAAAGACACAGACUGUUCAAAAAUUAGUACAAAAAAUUAAGAAACUCAAAUAUAUACUUGAGAAAAAGCCAGAAUAUGAAAAAAAUAAAGAGCGCUUCCGCAAGGCCACAUUGUGUUUGGAGGAGUUAAAGAAGUUGAAAUGCAUCGAUUUGAUGAAACGUGUCUUGGUAUUAGAAAAGAGUCCCUCUGCUAUUUUAACAAAUGGACUAUGUUCACCCGAAGAGAUGGCCGUGGCAAUGGUUGCGGUCAAUAAGCUCAUGCACGAUCUAGUUAAUGUUUUAAAAGAAAACUUGGGGCUUACUGACGAAAACAAUGCAUGGAAGAAAGAGCUGAUGCAAGCUAGCAAAAGGCGUGUUAAAAUCUUACGGACGGAGCAGAAGCGCAAAAAUCGACAAAAUUUAAAAGCACAGAAGAUUAUAGCUUGCAAACGCUUGGAGUGGUUAAAAAAUCAAAACGGCGAACAGAGCGAAGUUAAUGGGGAUGAAAAUAAUGUGUCGACAGGCUUACAACACGACGAGGGUGCUAAUAUAUCAACUCUGGGUUAUUGGAAGAUAGAGCCUAUCAAUGACGAGAGCAGUAAGAAGUCGGAAAAAGGAAAGACUAAUUACAAGGAAACCAGGGCAGAAGAAAAGGCUGUAAAAAAGAGGGACAAACCGGAGGCAAAUAAUAGAAACAUCUUGAAAACCACCACAAAAACUUCGGACCAACUAAAGAGUAUCAAUACGAGAAAGCAGGAUUUAGAAAGAAACGUUAUUGAACCAACAAAAAAUAUGCUUAUA